AUGCAGUCUAGGGAGGCGGAUGGAUCCUUGAGCGUGGACUGGUCCUGGAGCUGCAGCUUGGAGGAUUUCCGCGAGUUCGACCCAGAUGUUCAGAUCGGCAGCCCUCGGUCGCUGGCUGCCUGUGAUGUCCAGGGCAUUUUGCCACGGGAAUUGACGUACAAGCCGCUCGAGGUGUUCCAGCUUCCAGGCCUAGAUCCACGCAUCGCCCAGCUCCGAUAUGACUUCAUGGAGGCACGGAGGCAGGAUCUCAUCCAUGCUGCCAAAGAGACGCGUAAGGUCAUUGUGGAGCUGGCCGAAGAAGCAGAACGAGCUGAAAGUUCCAAGGAAAAGGAGCGUGCCGUGGAAUCCACGGAGUUUGGUCGCGCUGCGAAGGUUGAUGUGCAUCAGCUGCUCCAGCCGAACUGGGCGGAGGGCGGACCUCCAGACCCGAACCUGGCAGGUGCUCCUACAACGCCGUAUCCCUCUGCGCUGGGGUUCUUCCACGAGGUCCUGGAGGAAUACUCACAGAGCCGAGCUGCGGCAUCCCCACGUUCGAGUCCGAUGUCCUCCAGCGGCUUCGAUACCGAGGUCACGUUACCGCCGGUGUCUCCUGCCGUCGGCACUGCCUUCAGGUCCCUUCGCCUUGCGGACAAGCGCUCGGCCUCGGAAGGGCAGCUACGAGAUCUGGUCCAACGCCUCAAGUCAGCACCUCGUGGCAACCAGGCGGACGAGGAGUUUGCGAGAAAGAGUGCCGAGCUUCAUCUCGUUUAUCCCAAGAUUGAGGCCAAAUGGCGAAAGGAGUUCUUUGCGGAGAGGCAGCGGCUGGCGCAGCGUCGCGCGGAUAUGGCCACGGAGUGCUUCGAUCGCCUCAUAAUCGAGGAUGAAGAGAAGUACGAGGCCACAAAGCUGCGAGAAGCGAUGCACCAGCUUUCAAUGGAGGAUGAUCCGACGCGCCCAAAGCGUGGCGCCACUGCACUUCCCUUCUCCAUGACGAGCUCACGGAUGAACGGGCCCGACAGGGCCACAUCGAGCCGGGGCUUUGGAUCCACCAUGCGCUCGACGACCUCGCGAGUAAGCCACGCCGACCGAGAGGACGCUGCCAGGGACAAAGUCCUUGGCACCAAGCGCGACUUCGAGAUUCAUCGGACGGAGGUGCUCACAAAGAGCGUGGAUCACGACCGGGCAUUGAAGGAGCGGGUCCUUGAGCAGCAGUCUGCGAUCAAGUGGAGGAUGGCCAGCCGGCUCCUGGAGGAGAGACUCCGCUGGCGCCUGAAGUACAACCAGGUCCUUUCAAACAACGAGGAGCGAGAGCGGCAGAAAAUGGACUUCUUCGAGCGUCGCCAAGAGCAGCAGCGCCUGCAGCGGGCACGCUGCGAUGAUUCGGGUGAUAUGCGCAAGGAGAUUCGUCACUUGCGAGAUGUUGGCCGAAAGUUGAACCAGGCCCAACGAGAGCGCAAAGAAGCGUGGAGGCAAGCCAAGAAGAAGCGCGAAAGCAUGGAGAAACACUUCGCCCACGUAGGAAUGAAGAUGCCGUCACCCUUUUCACCAAAUGCGACCACCAUGUCCAGAUGA